AUGGCAACAGACGGCUUGUGGGAUAUGCUGUCUAGCCAGCAGGCUGUUGAUCUAGUGGGGAAGUGGUUGGAACCGAAAGUAGCUGCGGAAAAGAACAGCGAGCCGAAACCAACAUAUGAACCAUUCGACUUCGGUCAAUUUUGGAAAGGAGUAAGCCGGAAGUUUGUGAAGGGGAGAACAACAGUCCAGGAUGACAGUGUCGCCGUGCAUCUGGUGCGUAAUGCACUAGGUGGAAACCAUCACGAUUUGAUAGCAGGCCGACUUGCCUUCGAUAUUCCAAGCUCCCGGCGGCUACGAGACGAUACGACUGUGCGGGGGGGGGGUUUAUGGCCUAGAUCUGGGAAAACGAGAUGGUUGAGGACGCAUGAUCCUGAGUUUCUAUCUGAACAUGGUAAGAAAACCUGA